AUGGUCUCCUUCCCUAUUCAAAACCGCCCUCUCAAAGAGGAUCCUUUUCGGAUUUUGCGUCACUGUUUCGAACCUUGGAGCCAAAACCCCUCCUUAAUACCCCUCUAUCUCCUCAUCCUAAUAAUAAAAAUUGUUUUUUUCACAGCCAGAACAAUUUUUAUAUUAAAAUGGAGAAAAGAAAUGGACAUUUUGGAAAUUUCAGUCACGUGGCCCAUACCACUUUUGGUCAUAUUAAAAAUGUGCUACACUUUGUAUCACCGUAAAGAAAUCGGGUUUUUCUUCAGGACCGUAACGGAGAAAUUCUGGGAUUUGAGUAUCGGAGGGGAGGUUUUGGAAAAAGGGCUUGAAAAACGGUUCAAGUUGAUUAAUUUUUUCCUCCUGGGGCAUGUUUCAUUAGGGGUGGGUUAUAUCGGUUUGUAUGCCCUUUUCGCCGAUGUUCCAAUUCCAAAAGGGCGCACUAGAUGGUUACCAACGCUUGCUUCGAUGCCCUUUAAUCAAGACCAAAGUCCACAAUAUGAGAUUUUAUACGUUUUAAUGUACUGGAAUUUGUUAGUUUCGGUUCUUGGAAAUGCAGUUUUCGAUUUGGUUUUUAUUUAUUCGGCACAACAUCUCGUCGGACAGUUUAUUUUAUUAAAAACACUCUUAAAAAAAUUGGAUUAUGGAUUCGAAAAUGUCGAAAUUGUGACAAAAGCCAGAUCGAAACUAUUUCAAAGAGAAAUUCGCAAGAGAAUUGCUAUUUGUGUCAAACACCACACUUUACUUUUAACAUACGGAAACGAGUUGAAAAAAAUUGCAUCGUUAAUGUUUGGGAUUCAUGUCUUAUCGACCUCAUUAACACUCAUUCUGGUCGGUUAUAUCUUAUCAGAAAAUUUGGAAAAAAUCAUCCAAUACUCGAUGCUUUUAAGCGUUGUUGUCUCCGAAGCUCUCCAAUUCAUUAUUUUUGCCGUUCAAAGUGACCAAAUCUAUCACAAAAGUAUUUCACUCGCUCAAGCUGCUUACCAAUCAAAUUGGUAUGUUUUCAAUGCAAAAGCCAAACGUGAUUUAACUCUACUUAUUUUGAAUUCACAAAAAGGAAUUAGUAUGUAUGGGGCAGGACUUGUAACAAUCAAUAAUGAAAUUCUCGUCACUGUAAAAAUAAUAAUUUGUUUUUUUUUUGUUUCAUUAAGUUUAAUUUUCAGAUGA